AGGCGGGGCCGAGGCGCCGCUCAGUCGGAGCCGCGAGCACGAGCGCGUGCCUACGACAGCGCGUGCCAGCCCGGUCGCGAGGAGACCCCGCCUUCCCGUCCCGCCCACGCCGGCCUCCAGUUCUCUGACUACUCACUGGGCGCUGAGAACGCGGGCACCCGCGCGCUGAGCAGCCAUGGAGGUUCCCGGUAGCCUGUGCAAGAAAGUCAAGCUGAGCAAUAACGCGCAGAACUGGUGAGCUGGCGGCUGCUGAAACCUGCAUCCCCCUCCAGUGGCCUGAAGGUCUGCGGAGGAGGCAGAGGCAGGCGUCUUUGGGGAUGCAGAGGGCCACUAAUGUCACCUAUCAAGCUCACCACGUCAGCAGGAACAAGAGAGGUCAGGUGGUGGGGACCAGAGGUGGCUUUCGUGGUUGCACGGUUUGGCUAACAGGCUUGUCGGGAGCAGGAAAGACCACAGUAAGCAUGGCUUUGGAGGAGUACUUGGUUUGCCAUGGUAUUCCAUGCUACACUUUGGAUGGUGACAACAUUCGUCAAGGUCUCAACAAAAAUCUUGGCUUUAGUCCUGAAGACAGAGAAGAGAAUGUUCGACGCAUCGCAGAAGUUGCUAAGCUGUUUGCAGAUGCUGGCUUAGUGUGCAUCACAAGUUUUAUAUCACCUUAUACUCAGGAUCGCAACAAUGCAAGGCAAAUUCAUGAGGGUGCAAGUUUACCUUUUUUUGAAGUGUUUGUUGAUGCUCCCCUGCAUGUUUGUGAACAGAGGGAUGUCAAAGGACUCUACAAAAAAGCACGGGCUGGAGAAAUUAAAGGUUUCACUGGGAUUGAUUCUGAAUAUGAAAAACCAGAGGCCCCGGAAUUGGUGCUGAAAACAGACUCCUGUGAUGUAAAUGACUGUGUCCAGCAGGUUGUGGAACUUCUACAGGAACGGGAUAUUGUACCUGUGGAUGCCUCUUAUGAAGUGAAAGAACUGUAUGUGCCAGAAAAUAAACUUCAUUUGGCAAAAACAGAUGCAGAAACAUUACCAGCAUUGAAAAUUAAUAAAGUGGAUAUGCAGUGGGUGCAGGUUUUGGCAGAAGGUUGGGCAACCCCGCUGAAUGGCUUUAUGAGAGAGAGGGAGUACUUGCAGUGUCUUCAUUUUGAUUGUCUUCUGGAUGGGGGUGUCAUUAACUUGUCAGUACCGAUAGUUCUGACAGCUACUCAGGAAGAUAAAGAGAGGCUGGACGGCUGCACGGCUUUUGCUCUGAUGUACGAGGGCCGCCGCGUGGCUAUUCUUCGCAAUCCAGAGUUUUUUGAGCACAGGAAGGAGGAGCGCUGUGCCAGGCAGUGGGGAACAACAUGCAAGAACCACCCCUACAUCAAGAUGGUUAUGGAACAAGGAGAUUGGCUGAUUGGAGGAGAUCUUCAAGUCUUGGACCGAAUUUAUUGGAAUGAUGGUCUUGAUCAGUACCGUCUUACUCCUACUGAGCUAAAGCAGAAGUUUAAAGAUAUGAAUGCAGAUGCUGUCUUUGCAUUUCAGUUACGCAACCCGGUGCACAAUGGCCAUGCUCUAUUAAUGCAGGAUACCCAUAAGCAACUUCUAGAGAGGGGCUACCGGCGCCCUGUCCUUCUCCUUCACCCUCUUGGUGGCUGGACAAAGGACGAUGAUGUUCCUCUGAUGUGGCGUAUGAAGCAGCAUGCUGCAGUGCUGGAGGAAGGAGUCCUGAAUCCUGAAACCACAGUGGUGGCCAUCUUCCCAUCUCCCAUGAUGUAUGCUGGACCAACUGAGGUCCAGUGGCAUUGCAGAGCACGGAUGGUUGCAGGAGCCAACUUUUACAUCGUUGGACGAGACCCUGCUGGCAUGCCUCAUCCAGAAACAGGGAAGGGUCUCUAUGAGCCAACUCAUGGCGCCAAAGUGCUGACCAUGGCCCCUGGCCUAAUCACCUUGGAAAUAGUUCCCUUUCGAGUCGCGGCUUAUAACAAGAAAAAGAAGCGGAUGGACUACUAUGACUCUGAGCACCAUGAAGACUUUGAAUUUAUUUCAGGAACACGAAUGCGCAAACUUGCCCGAGAAGGCCAGAAACCUCCUGAAGGUUUCAUGGCUCCCAAGGCCUGGACCGUGCUGAUGGAAUACUACAAAUCCUUGGAGAAAGCUUAAGCUGUUAACCCAGUCAUUUCACCUUUGACACCUCACUGAGUAACAAGUGUGGUGGUAUCUGUAUGGACAUGCUUCCUAAAAACAGACCCUUUUCCUUAACUAGCAUCAGUUUUGGUCUGCCUUAUGAGUUCUGUUCUGAACUAGUGUAACACACUCCUGGUUUUAAUGUAUCUUUUCCACUUACUAUAGUUAAAUAUUCCUACAAUACAGUCUUUUUGUAUUAUAUUUAUGCUUCUGUCUCAUUAUUUUUCAAGCUGUUAUAUCAGUUGUAACCAAUAGUAUACACAUUGAAUCUCACUUUUCAUCUCUUGAAAAAAGAAAAAAAAUCCACUAAACAAUAAACUUGGCUAGACCUUGUUUUGGGAAUUUUACAAGACGUCUGUAGCAUUUAGAUUUUUUUUUUCUACAUUGAAAGUACAAACUGCUUUCUUCCUUCCUUCCCAUCAGCUAUUGAUCUCUCAACUGUUAUAAUCUAAAGUAUAUUAAUAUCUAUGUAAGCCCUGAAUGAACUUUAUUCAAUAAAAUUAAACUUUUUGGCUUA